AACCUUCUCUUGUUGUGUGCUUGUGAGAUACUACAAAAGGCUCUCAGGUUGCGGACAAACACGCAGCGGUGGUUGUGGGAGCGCAUCCAAAGACGAUGGUCCACUGUGCGGGCUGCGAGAGGCCUAUACUGGACAGGUUCCUGCUCAAUGUGCUGGACAGAGCGUGGCACAUCAAGUGUGUGCAGUGCUGCGAGUGCAAAUGCAAUCUGACUGAGAAAUGCUUCUCAAGAGAAGGGAAACUCUACUGCAAAAAUGACUUCUUCAGGCGGUUUGGCACUAAGUGCGCAGGUUGUGCACAGGGCAUCUCGCCCAAUGACCUGGUCCGCAGAGCGCGCAACAAAGUGUUCCACCUGAACUGCUUUACCUGCAUGAUGUGCAACAAACAGCUGUCUACGGGAGAGGAACUCUACAUCAUAGAUGAAAACAAAUUCGUCUGCAAAGACGACUAUUUAAAUAACGCAUCUGUAAAAGACGCCAACCUUCUCUCUGUAACAGCCUGCAGUGAUCCAAGUUUGUCGCCCGACUCGCAAGACCCGCUUCAGGACGACGUGAAGGAUUCGGAAAUCGCUAACUCAUCUGACAAAGAGACAGUGAACAACGAGAACGAUGAUCAGAACCUGGGUGGGAAGCGCCGCGGUCCCCGCACCACCAUCAAAGCCAAACAGCUGGAGACGCUGAAAGCGGCGUUCGCAGCCACGCCCAAACCCACGCGCCACAUCCGGGAGCAGCUCGCUCAGGAGACCGGCCUCAACAUGCGCGUCAUCCAGGUAUGGUUCCAGAACCGGCGCUCUAAGGAACGGCGCAUGAAGCAGUUGAGCGCAUUGGGCGCACGGAGACACGCGUUUUUCCGGAGUCCAAGGCGGAUGCGCACAUUGGUGGACCGGCUCGAACCCGGAGAGCUCAUUCCUAACGGCCCAUUUUCCUACUAUGGAGAUUAUCAGAGCGAUUACUAUGGACCUGGAGGGAAUUAUGACUUCUUUCCACAAGGGCCGCCAUCCUCACAGGCACAGACCCCAGUAGACCUUCCUUUUGUCCCAUCAUCUGGACCCACUGGCACCCCUCUAGGGGGCAUGGACCAUCCCAUUCCUGGACACCAUCCAUCCAGUGAAGUACAGCGCUUUUCAGACAUAAUGUCUCAUCAUCCUGGAGAGUCACCCAGCCCGGAGCCGGGCAUCCCCGGACCUCUACACAGUAUGUCUUCUGACGUGUUUGGUCCCAGUCCCUCAUUUACCUCACUGUCUCUGAACGGAAGCGGAUACAACAACCACCUCUCCCACCCCCCAUCAGAAAUGAAUGAGGGUACAGUCUGGUAGCUUUUAAAGGUGUUUCUCUGAAGAGAAAUUAGGGACAAUAUGAAGGAAUAUUGUGGCGACAGGGACACUGCACAUUCUUGCUAUUUGUAUUUAUUAUUUGACAUUUUAUUUUCUUGUGAUAAGAGAGUAUAAAGAAGGCAUCAGACUGAGGCCAAGAACACGCUUUACUUUCAUAUUUUGUUGCAGUUCACUUACAUUUGUUUCCCCUCAUCAAAAUCAGAACUUGAGCACAGAAAUGACUGAUGGCUACUGUUGACCUAAUCGCUAUGGACGGCGCUGUGAGGUUUAGAACAGCAACUUCCCCCCAAAGCCCAUCAUGCACCACUGGUAAAACCUUCACUCUCAAAACAAUGACCAUAACAUAUUAACAGCAUCAGCUACUGUCAAAGACUUAGCUUUACAGAGAAACACCCACAGCGGCGUACCUAACGCUUACCUGCGAUGUUGACUCCGGGAAAGAUCUGAGCCGCCAGACUAAUUUAUUUAUUUGAAAACUCCUCAGACCUCUUUGCCUUUCAAGGCUCUGCCAUAUUGACACUUAAACAACCUUUUUGACACUAAAUAUGUUUCUGGAUUCAAGGGAGGAAAAAAAGCUUUUCUUCAUCUGGACAUAUCCUUUUUUUAAGAAUUCCACCAAAUUUCGGAGUUGGCCUUCAAAAGGCAAACAGUAAAUGUGUGGAUUGUGAACCCUUUAUUUAAUGGACAAGAACUUGAAAUGUUGAUAAAUGAAGUCUACCUUCUAAAAUUAUUUUAAAAAGGGUCUGAAAGGGACAUUAGAACAGUCAACUGUUUACGUAAUAUAUUUAAUUCAGGAGUUAAAAAGUAUAAACCAUGUUUUAGAACCUCUUGAUCCAGAUAAAAAGUUCCAAGCAACCAACCAAACUUUUGUAUUGACUUUAUUUAUACUGUAUGAAGAACAAACGAGUUUGCUGGGGUUGUGGUUCACUGUGCUAGUUUGUACAAGAUGUUAUUUACAAAAAAUGUAAAAAGGAAAAAAAACACAAGUAAGUAGACAGUUGCCAAAUAAAACCAUAGCACAAAUACUGUAAAAGUGCUUUGCACCAUUAUCUGCAGAACGUGUUGAAACAAAGUGUAAGUGUUAAAAAACAAGAAGUAUUUACUUCUUAUUUUUUUUAGUCUGCUGAAAAAUAUUCAUAAAUUGUUAAUAUAACAUACUUAGACCUACAAGUUUUAUUUUUGUGUCUCUAAAUGAAAGAAAAUCCAAACUAUUAAUUAAAAUCAAUGGUCAAAUGUGCAGUGAGCAGCUGCUAAUUUCUUUAAAUAUCAAAUUCUCAUGGUAUGUCUUUUAUUGUUCGAAUAAACCUAAGCUUAUGUGACCUCCAGUGCUUAUUAGACCAUUCACUGUAUAAAUACAA